UAACUGAAAAUCAAACUCCUGACAUAAGGAAUAUUUCAAUCACCUGAGUAUAUCUGGACAAAAAUCCAUUCUUGCCAAUUAGCACAAAUGGUGUUCUCACACUUCUUCUCCUUGCCUACACUUGUCCCGUUCCUCUUCUUUAUCUUCAUGGUAUUUAGGACAUGGAAGAAACCAAGAACUAAAGCUCUCGUUACCACAGAUUUGCCCCCGGGGCCAUGGAAGCUACCCAUCAUAGGAAAUCUGCAUAAUUUACUUCGGUCUCUACCACAUCACAGACUUCAAGACCUCGCCAAGAAAUAUGGACCUCUUGUGCACCUUCAACUUGGUGAAGUUACCACCAUAGUCAUUUCUUCCCCAGGGAUUGCAAAAGAAGUCAUGGCAACCCAUGAUAUUAUCUUCGCACAAAGACCCUUUAGCCUCGCGUCAAAUAUCAUCUCUUAUGAUUCCACAGACAUUGCAUUUGCACCAUAUGGAGAGUAUUGGAGACAGAUCAGGAAAAUUUGCACAUUGGAGCUUUUAAGUGCUAAGCGCGUGCAAUCAUUCGGAUCAAUCAGGGAAGAAGAGGUAUCAAAUCUAGUGAGUAGAAUUUCUUCUAAUGCAGGAUCUGUGGUGAACCUUGGCAGGAUGUUGAUUUCUUUCACAUAUUGUGUAACUUCAAGGGCAGCCUUUGGUAGAAUAAGGGAAGAGCAAGAAGCAUUUGUACAUCUUGUUAAAGAAUUAAUGGCAGUGUUGGGAGGUUUUAGUAUUGCCGAUUUAUUCCCAUCAAUUAAAGUUCUUCAAAUGGUUAGUGGGAUGGGAGCUAAAGUGAAAAGGUUGCAUCAGGAAGCUGACAGGAUACUCGAAGAUAUAGUUAAUGGACACAAAGCCAGAAAAGCUGUGGUUAAGGUUGCUGAUGAGGGUGAUGAUGAUCUUGUAGAUGUUCUCCUGAAGCAUCAUGAUCCAGAAAACCUUGAGUUCUCUUUAACAAUUGAGAACAUUAAAUCAGUCAUCCUGGACAUUUUCGUUGCAGGAAGUGAGACUUCAUCUACAGUCGCAGAAUGGGCGAUGUCAGAGAUGCUAAGAAACCCAACAGUGAUGGAAAAGGCACAAGCAGAGGUGAGGCAAGUAUUCAGGGGAAAAGGCCAUGUUGAAGAAGCAGGCCUUGGAGAAUUAAAUUACUUGAAAAUGGUUAUCAAAGAAACUCUAAGAUUACACCCUCCUCUUGCUUUGCUACUUCCAAGAGAAUCUCGAGAGGAAUGCGAGAUUAGUGGACAUCGGAUACCCAUCAAGACCAAAGUGAUUGUUAAUGCAUGGGCUAUCGGAAGGGACCCAAAUUCUUGGAUUGAGGCUGACAAAUUCAAUCCAGAAAGAUUUUCUGAUAGUACAAUAUAUUACAAGGGAGCUAAUUUCGAGUUGAUCCCCUUUGGCGCCGGAAGGAGGGCUUGUCCUGGAAUAGCAUUUGGCAUGGCUAAUGUCGAGAUUCUACUUGCAAAUUUGCUGUAUUAUUUUGACUGGAAACUCCCCAUUGGAAUGAAGCCAGAAGAACUAGACAUGGCAGAGUCUUUUGGAGCAGUUGUCGGAAGAAAAAAAGACUUGGAGUUGCUUCCUACUCUCUGCCAUCCUCUACCGUCGGCAUAACAAUUCCAAGGAGGAUGAUUAUGUCUACUGUGAGUAUUUGAAAUAAGAAACUGUUAACUGCAUUUCAGAAACUGUUCUUUCUG